AUGCUUCUGUAUAAUGUAUGCAGCUAAUUGAGCUCCAACCAGAGCCAUGGGGAGUACCCGGACUGCCGGAGUGAGAGGGAGUCGGGAGGGGAGGCGUCUCUCCUGGUGUCUCCGCUGGUGGUGGCGGGGAUCGUUAUAGGUCUGGUCCUCUUCCUCUCCUGCAUCACCAUCAUCGUCGGCAGCCUGCGCAAAGACAGUCGACUCCGAAACCCACACCUCCGAGCGAGCUACGGUCUGGAUGGUUUCUCCUACGGAGGUUCAGUAGGAGAACUGAGAUCUACCUGCUUAGAAGACUUUCCUCCUGGUUUAGACUUUGAUUCAUACAGAGAGACUCUGUCACAGGUCAACGACCUGUACCCCGACUCACCGCCACGUUACGAUGAGUGUGUUGGCCCAGGUUCGACUCAGAUCUACCUUCCUACAGAUGACCCGCCCCCUUACUCCCUAUUGGACCCCUGUCACAGAGGGGCGGAGCAAGAGGAGGAGCAGCCAGACUCCACCAGUCCGGAGACCUCGGCCGGUGCUUCCUGGUUCUCCCCCUCCCACUACCCACUGGGACUACACCAGCACCAACACGUGGCGUCCAUCUCCUUCCCUCUGGAGGCGGCGCCGCCGUACGAGUCGGUGUUGGCCGAGCAGGGACAGCACCUCCCUCUGGUGCCAUGUGACCUUUACAAACACCAGUCAGAGAGAGGGGACGAUGGAGACUCCCGGCAGCCGGGCGUGGACCAGAUCUUAUAG